ACAAUGACUCUCGAGGAGGUACCUGUUCAGAACUGCAGGGACAGAGCCCAGUCUCCCGGGAAGGCCUUGCGCGAGGUUUUGGUCUCCGCUAAGAGCAACCAGUGCCUCACCACAGGAGUGUACGAGUCAGCGAAGGUUAUGAAUGUGGACCCUGACAGCGUGGCGUUCUGCGUGCUGGCUACCGAUGAGGAGUUUGAGUGCGACAUCGCUCUGCAGAUCCACUUCACCCUGAUCCAGGCCUUCUGCUUCGACAACGACAUCAGCAUCGUCAGAGUGACCGACAUGCAGCGACUCGCCGACAUCGUGGGCGACAAGCCCGAGGAGCUGGAGGAUGCACACUGCGUUCUCGUCACGAACCCAUCUGAAGGAUCGUGGGAGGACCCGGCUCUGGAGAAGCUGCAGCUGUUCUGCGAGGAAAGCCGCUGCCUGAAUGAAUGGGUGCCAGAGAUCACUCUCCCUGAGCGCUGA